AGCAAGUGUUCAUUCAAACAUUCAGGAAGCACUCAAGCAUCAUAAACAUCAACAGAAUUCAACUCUCGCAUCUCAAACAUCAAUCUCUUAAAAACAAAUCACCUCUCACAAAAUGGGUCUCAAACUCUACGGUAUGCGUCAAGCAACUUGCACUCAGCGAGUACUCACUACACUCGCCGAGAAAGGCGUUGAUUACGAGUUCAUUGUUGUCAACCUUAUGACAGGAGAGCAGAAGUCACCUUCGCAUCUUGAGAAGCAGCCUUUUGGAAAGGUUCCCGUUCUCGACGAUGAUGGUUUCUUAAUCUACGAGAGCAGGGCUAUCUGCAAGUAUCUUGCUCGAAAGUAUGCCGAUAAGGGUACUAAACUCAUCCCCGCAGAGGGGGAUGUAAAAGGCUACGGUUCAUUUGAACAAGCUUGCUCAAUCGAACAGUCUUACUUUGAAACCGAAACCUUCGGUCUUUGGUUCGAACACUUCAUCAAACCUGCCAAAGGAUGGGGUGCCACUAGCCCGGAAUUGGUUCAAAAACAUCUCCAAACGCUUGACAACAAUCUCGCUGUUUACGACCAGAUCCUCUCGAAGCAGAAGUAUCUUGCGGGAAAUGAAUUCACCUUGGCUGAUUUGUAUCAUUUACCACACGGUACACAGGCAUUGAAGUAUGGAUUUCAAGACCUACUCGCAAAGUAUCCCCAUGUGAACAAGUGGUGGGAAGGAAUUCAAGCUAGAGAAAGCUGGAAAGAAGUAGUUGCUGCUGCUGCUUAGGUUUAUCAUGUGUCUCUGCUGUGGCACACAGUUGUUGAGGGCCUGCCAAUCAUCCUAAUGCAUUGCGGUUGACUGCAUUCGAGUUGUACGAAAAGGUAGCACUGCCACUAUUGAAAAACUUAUUAUCAUCUUCCCAAGCUCUCUUCAUCAUUAUGCGUGUUUAAUAAUUGAUCUGGCCUUUGACAUUCGAGAUUCUACUUACUUUUACCUUUUGUUAUAUAUCUACUU